GCAGACAAAGUGCAGACACCUAAAGAGUUAGCUUGAAGGGUCAGCCGGCAAAGCAUCAUUCGAGAGCCAAGUCGGUCUCCUAGAAGGAGAUCCUGAGUCGUUCUCUGCAGCGUCUGUCGCCUGCCAGUAAGGAUAUAACUUGGAAGAAGCCCUGAACAGAGUGAUGGAUUACCAGUCGAGCAUCAUUCGAGACUCUAAUCCCAUGGAGAACCUGGAGAAGCAGUUGAUCUGCCCCAUCUGCCUGGAGAUGUUCUCCAAACCUGUGGUGAUCUUACCCUGCCAGCACAACCUAUGCAGGAAAUGUGCCAAUGACGUCUUCCAGGCUGCUAACCCAUACUGGCAAACUAGCCGUGGAACAACCAUAUCGGGCGGGCGGUUCCGUUGUCCUUCCUGCCGCCACGAAGUCAUCUUGGACCGGCAUGGAGUCUACGGCCUCCAGAGGAAUCUACUGGUGGAGAACAUCAUUGACAUCUACAAACAGGAAUACUCCAGCCGGCCCUUUAAGAAGGGAAAUCACCCCAUGUGCAAGGAGCACGAAGACGAGAAGAUCAACAUCUACUGCUUAACCUGUGAGGUGCCCACCUGCUCCAUGUGCAAAGUCUUUGGGGCUCACAAAGACUGCGAAGUGGCGCCCCUUCAGAGCGUCUUUCAGGGUCAGAAGACUGAGCUGACCAACUGCAUCUCUAUGUUGGUGGCAGGGAAUGACAGAGUCCAGACGAUCAUCAGCCAGCUGGAAGAGUCCUGCAAAACCACCGAGGAGAACAGCCGGAAGGCAAAGCAGACCCUGUGCGAGAAGUUUGAAGCUCUGAUCGCUAUCCUGGAGGAGAAGAGGAGCGAACUGCUGGAGCGGAUCUCCAAGGAGCAAGAGGAGAAAGUCGGGUUCAUGCAGAACCUCAUCCAGCAGUACAGAGAGCAAUUGGAGAAGUCCAGCAAGCUGGUGGAGUCUGCCAUUCAGUCCAUGGAAGAAGAGGCGGGAGCUGCAUUUCUCCUGACUGCCAAGCAGCUCAUUAAAACACUUGUAGAGGCAUCAAAGGGAAGUCAAUUGGAGAAGAUCGAACCUGGUUUUGAAAACAUGGAUUGUUUCACCCUUGACCUAGAACACGUCACAGAAACACUGAGAGCAAUAGACUUUGAAGCAGAUGAGGACGAUGAAGAGCUAAACGAGGAAGAAGAAACGGAAGAGGAAGAUACUCAAGUUGGCAAUGUGGAUGGUUCUCAAUAA